CUGUGAAAAUCAGGCAGUUUUUAUUUUAGUAAGUACGCAAUCAGCAAAGCAAUUUUAUAACGAAGAGAAAAAUUCAUAAAUGGCGUUAAAAAACGUGAUUGACCUUGUGAGGAACUAGAAUCUUCGUGGAACGAGGAGAGAAGCAUAUUGAAUUCUUUUCAUUUUUCUCAAUAAAUCAACAAUUACAAGACGGUUUCACAUUCCCAACGCGAAUUUCGCAAAGUCCGGAUUGGCUGAGGUACUCGGGUUUUUAAUACCUCCUGGGUGACGCCGGCCGCCCUUAAUUUGGAGCCUUGAACCUACCAUAAAAUAAGGCCCUAAAAUCCGACGAAGGUUGAAAAGUUCACUCGUUAUAAGAGUUAUACCUAGUGACGUACAAAAAAAAAAGUAAAAGUAAAAACAGUUCGCAGUUAUAACAGUUUUUCUUAGUUUGUGUUGUGUUCAAGUUGAAAAAAAAGUAAACAGUUCGUGUUAUAGUAUACCUUUAAAAAAAAGUCUACAUUUAAUCUGUGAAAAAAAGUAUAGUAAAAAGUAUAUAAAGUAUCAAAAGAAAAAAAAGUCAAUCAGUUUCCGACGUGCUAUAAAAAAAUGUCUCACACGACAUGGAUCGCGCGCGUUGCACCUUCAAGAGCGAUUACCGCAUGGGCUCUUUUCGAUCCAGGCUAAACAUGUCGGACUCCAGUUCUGACAAUUCAUCAUCCGAGGACUAUGAGGAAAGUCGUAGAAGUGUCUCACCGGAUACAGUAGCUUCACAAUCACCACGACGUUCAACUCAUUCGGACCGAAAGACACCCUCAACUGAGGCAUCUUACAAUGCUCGCUCGUCUGCUUCUCCAUUAUCAAAUCGUGGAUCUAAAUCGCCAAGAACUUCAAAAAAAUCACACAAUUAUCAUCGUUCCACGUCAAAAUCCGCCCGAUCAAUGAGCAAAUCACCAGCGUCAAGUGGAAGUUCACAAAAAUCACGCUCGCCAUCACCCACAAAAUAUAGUUACAAAGAUGGUUCUGAAUCACCACAAUCAAAUCGUAGUUCACGUUCAAGAUCCAAUAAUCCAGAUUCACCACCCUCACGAUCAAAUCCCUGCUCUCCCUCACGUUCAAAUCAAGGCUCUCCAUUGAGGUCAAAUCAACGAUCACCGUCAAGAUCAAAUCCAGGCUCACCUGAGACACGAUCAAAUCGAAGUUGUUCCCCUCAAAUGCGUUCAAAUCGAAGUUCAUCACAUCGAUCAAAUCCAAGUUCAAAUUCGCGACCAGGUUCAAAUCGCAGUUCUCCUCAACCGCAAUCGCCCAAUUCACCGAGACCCGAUUCAAAUCGUAGUUUUUCAAGACCUCGUUCUAAUCAUAGUUCACCACGUUCACCGAAUAAUUGUCGUUUCCAACGAACAGGACCAAUGUCACCGAAAUCUCCACGUAUGACAUCAAGUCCAGCAUCACCAAAUUCUCCUCAAAAUGCUGAUGACUAUAAUUCCCCACCAAAUUCCCCAACGAUGUACAGAGGUCAUUCACCUAAAUCGCCACUUGAUCGUAACAGUGAAUCAAGACCAAGUUCACCAAAAUCUCCACGAUCUCCCGCAUCGCCAAGAACUCCCCUAACACCACAAUCACCACGAUCACCAAGAUCUCCCGCAUCCCCAAGAUCACAGCGUAGCUCUGUAAAAUCUCCCGACUCUGGACGAAAUACUCCAAAGUCAAUGAAAUCAUCGCCGAGUGUUGAUCGCCAUUUAAAUAAACGUUCAUCACCACAUUCGCCGGAAGGUAAAAGCAGAAAUUGUUAUAAUGAAAUUGAUGGUGAACAAAUAUCCGAUGGUGAUAUGGACGAUGUGUCACAAUCAGCGCUUAAAUCAAAGCCUACGCCAAUUUCUCAUGGCGAAGAUUUAUCCGAUGUUUCAGAUUUAGAUAGUAUGGACGAUGAUGGUGAUCGUGAGCAUGGACAAAAGAAAACUGAGGAAAUUGUUGAACAGCCAAUAUCUAUUGUGAAUAAUGAGAAAAUUGAGAGGGAGGAGAAAAUUGCACCCGAGAGUUUAGCUGAGGAAAAUGAACAAUUGGACUUUGAAGCUGAUGGUCAAUGGAAAGAUGAACGUGAGGAUGGAGAAACAGAGCCAGCACCAAUAAAAGAAACCAAGGAAAUCAAUGACAAAGAGCCAAAAGAUAAAGAUAAAGACAAAGUGAAAGCAAAAGAGGUGGACGAGGAAAACGAUAAAGAGGAUGGCGAAGAAGAAGAUGAUGAUGAUGAUGAAAAAGGUAAUUCCGAGUUGGAAGAAGGUGAGCUCAGCGAUGGUGAUGAUGCUCGUCCUGAAGAAACGGAACCACGACCUGUGUGUAGAUUUUAUAAUCGUGGUCAAUGCACUUGGGGUGUUAGCUGUAGAUUUUUACAUCCCGGUGUUACCGACAAGGGUAAUUACACUAUGUUUGAUAUGGUGAGACCAAUGGCAUAUCCUCCACAUGCUGGUGGUCCACAUGAAUUUCGGCCUCACAUUGAAAGACCAAGUUUAAUGAGACCACUUCCUGGUUUCUCUGCUGCACCUCCUCAUGUUCCAAAAACCGAUGAACUCGUCUCUGAAUCUCCUUGGGAACGUGGAUUACGUCAAGCUAAAGAAAUGAUGAGAAAAGCAAACAAACGUAAAGAAUCUGAUAUGGAUUUCGAGGAGAAGAAAAUGAAUUUGAGUUUAGGCCAAGAGGAACUCGAUAGAGAAGCCGGAUAUUAUGUGAGACCAGCGAGUCCUGAACCACCAAUAGAACGAUGGCCACCACGAGAACCUCCACAAAGAGUUUCUCGAGCACCUGCACCGAGAAUAACGCCAGAUCAUUAUGCAGAUGAACCCGAAGGAUAUUAUCCUCCAACUCCUCAUGAAUAUUACAGACGAGUUCAAUAUAAAUCGGAAGGCAGAAGUGGAAUGGAAAAUUAUAGAGAACGUUAUGAUUAUCAUUCGGUUCAACCACGUAAUGCUCCACAUUCAAAUUCACCACCGCCACAUCCACGCGAGCGUGAACGUGAUAGGGAACGUGAACGCGAAAGAGAACGUGAAUAUUAUGAAAAAUAUGAAAAGAAACAUAAACGACCCUCGAGGGAAGUGAUUGUUGAACGUAUACCAUCGUCUAAAACAUGGCGAGAGGAAGAACCACAACCAACAGAAAGAACUCGUGGCGAUGAAUGGGCUGAUCCUUGGAUGCGUCGAAAAUCCCCUGGUUCUGUUCGUAGAAAUCGAACCUCAUCGAAAAGAUCUCGACGACAAUCUUAUUCAUCAGGUUCAUCUUACUCAUCGAGCAGCUCUAGCCGUAGUACGAGCCAUUCUAGCUACACUUCUUAUGACUCCCAAUCCAGGUCCAGAUCACCGUCCCCUCCUUCUAGGUCCCGUGUUAAUGCAAAAACAAAAACCUUAACUGCUGCACCUCCUCCUGCUGUUGUUGCACCACCAGUACGUGGUGCAAUGUUAAUGAAUCCACCUGCUCCUUCUCCUCGCGGUAGCAAAGGCUCAACUUCACCUACUGGAACUCUACAUCGAAGAGCUGGACUCAAUCCACCAGCGCCGAGUCCAUUGACAACACAUCCUCGACAAAAUGACAAAACCAGAGACAAAGCAGCUCUUGCCGCUGCUGCUGUUGCUAAAGUUAUUAAGGGCCAUUCUCGAUCCAGAUCAUCUCACAGUAGUUCAGGAUCGGAUAGCAGUGGCAGUAGCAGUGAUUCAAGUGAAUCAAGCUAUUCAUCUUCAUCGAGUGAAUCGCGACGAAAAAAAGGAUCAACACCACCAAUUCGAAAAGAUACAAAAGCUCUCGAUGCCCUUAAGGUGAGCGGCAAUAAGCAACAAAUAAAGUUGACAUUGAAACCAUCACAGAGUGCAACAGCAGUUAAGAAAGUUGAUCGUAGUGCGUCAAUUGCUGGUAAAAAGAGACCGGCCGAAACAUCGCCGACGGUUGACAGUAAAGCAAGUGUUGCCGCUGCCGCUGCAAAAGCAGCCAAAAAAGCAAGUUCACGACGUGAGGAACUAUUGAAGCAACUCAAAGCUGUUGAAGAUGCGAUUGCACGAAAAAGAUCAAAAGUUUAAAUUCAAAUAACUUGGAGGAAAAAAGUUACUUUACUAUAUACAUGUUUCUUUGCCUUUAAAUAUAGAUAACACUUUAAUCAUACAGUAAAUUUUUCUCAAUUUACAGGAAUAUGUUAAAAGAUGGUCAUCUUUUUUUUUUUUUUUUUUUGUUUUUUAUAAACAAACUUUUAUACGCCUGUGUAAUUUGAUAAUUGUGCUCUAUUUUUUUAAAAAGAAAAGUGCGUAUAAAUAAAAUGUCCGUUACAUCUCUC